CUACCUUUAGCCCUAGGUUACCCGAUUGUUGAGAGCGGCGACCCGGUGGGAAAAAUCUGCAGCGACUAGGCGACUGCGUGCUAGGGUAGGCAUGGAGUUCUUGAUGCAGCCCGUAAAUAGGCAGCAGGACUCUACUAGAAGAGGUCAACGAGAACAAGAUGAACAUGGAGCCUCUUCAUUACCCUGUGAGUCUGUGACCACGCGGCCGGUGGUGGAGUUGCCGGCCAGCACGGAAUCAAGCGCCAACGACCAGAUUUGCACUGAGGGCGCUGUUCCAAGGGCAGGCAGUGCAGACAACCUCAAGCUUCAGAGCACUCCAUCGAGCAGGGUCCGGGUUGGGGCAGCUGAGCUAGGCAGAGCCCCAUGUGCUGAUAGGAUAUCAGGGCUGGAGAAAAUUGUUCAAAGGAGACAAAGUGCAUGGUGCCACAGCUAACAAUGAUGAUAGUUCAGCUAAUGAGUCAGGGAAUAGCCUAGUGGGAUUAUUGCCUCCAGCAAAGAGGAAGGAGAUGGGAAGGCCUACAAGCAGAGAGAAGGCGUUGUACGAGGGUUUGAGCAUAAGGACAAGAUUCAGCACCAUUUGUCGGUGUCAGGGGCAUAAGCAGGCAACCUGCGCAGAUCGCCGAGAUGUCCCAAAGCAAGUUCGGAGACCAGCACGCUGCAAGAAUUGUGGAGUUGAAGGUCACCGUCGCAACAACUGCCACAAAGCAGCGGAACUUAUUAGACUCAAUAAAGCAUGAGCAGACAAAGUAGUCAGUGAAACUGUUUAAGAUAAUUCCAACGCUCUAUGUUUCAACAAUUUUCAGUUGUGUUGUACUAGUAUUUUAAUUAGUUGGUUGGUGUGUAAAGUAUGAGGGAAAAAACUUAGUUCAAUUAAGUCAUUUCAUCAUGAGCCUAU